ACGAGAGAUCGGCAAUCUUAGGAACCUCAAGGAAUUUGGCAUAGAAAGAAACCAAAUCACAGGCUCUAUACCCAGAGAAAUUGGGAAUUUGACCGAGCUUACAUUGAUUGUAUUUGCGCACAACUUCUUAACAGGUGUAAUACCAGAAGAGAUGUCCAACCUUCACAAACUGGAGGCACUUUAUUUAAUAUUCAAUGAGUUAAAUGGCUCAAUACCGGUUGGGAUCUUCAACCUCUCAACGUUGAGUGUGGUUUCAUUGGGAUUCAAUCACCUCACAGGCAAUCUUCCUUCAAAUAUUGGUUACCAAUGGCCAAAUUUAGAAAAGUUUCAUCUUGACGGAAAUAACAUCGGUGGAAUUAUGCCAGCUUCUAUUGUAAAUUGCUCUAAAUUAACCAUUCUAUCCCUUCCAGGAAACCGAUUUACUGGCUCCAUUCCAAACUCCAUUGGGAAUCUUGAACUCCUGGAAUCUCUAUUUCUUUCUGACAACAAUUUGACCAGUGAUCCUACAUCUUUGGAGCUGGAGUUUCUUACUUCGUUGACAAAUUGCAAGCAUUUAAAGACUUUAGAGCUAGCUGAAAAUCCACUUAACGGGGUUCUUCCAGCUUCCAUUGGAAAUCUUUCUACAUCCCUACAAUAUUUCAAUGCAAGAGCUUCUAAUAUCAAAGGCCCCAUCCCAAGAGAAAUUGGCAACUUGAGCAGUCUACUCUUGAUUUCUCUAGAAGACAAUCAGUUAACUGGAGAUAUUCCAAGAACAGUCCAAGACUUACAAAACCUUCAGGUGCUGUCUCUCAUGAGAAACAAACUAGGGGGCAGUCUAGAUAGUUUCUGUAAGAUGCACAGCUUAUCUGAGUUAUAUCUUAGCCAAAACCAAAUUCCAGGCAUUAUUCCAGAUUGUUUUGGCAAUAUGACAUCUCUCAGGGAUAUUUACCUUCGCUCCAACUUAUUAACCUCUACUAUUCCUAGAAGCUUGUGGAAAUUAAGAGAUCUCUUAGUGCUUGUCCUGGCCUCAAACUCCUUAAUUGGCUCAUUGCCUCUCGAGGUUGGAAAUUUGAAGGCUGCCAUAAAUAUUGACAUGUCAAUGAAUCAAAUCUCUGGGGAGAUUCCUUUGACAAUGGGAGAUUUACAGAACCUCCAAAACCUUUCUUUGGCAGACAACCAGUUGCUAGGAUCAAUUCCUGAAUCUUUUGGAAACCUGUUCAGCUUAACAUCCCUAGACUUGUCAAAUAACAGCCUUUCUGGUUUGAUCCCAAAAUCAUUGGAUAAACUUCAAUCCUUGAAAGUCCUUAACCUUUCUUCUAAUCAUUUGAGGGGUGAAAUUCCCUCGGCUGGUCCUUUCAGAAGCUUCACAAGUGAAUCCUUCAUUUCCAAUGACGCUCUGUGUGGCGAUCCAAAAUUUGAUGUUCCACCAUGCCAAACCAAUCCACAACAUGGAUCAAAAUUGAAAAGGGUGCUUUUAAUUACACUUUGCUUACUGGGGAUUGCUAUUGUGGUCGUCUUAGCCUUGGCCGUUGUAUUCAUAAGAUUCCAGAGGAAGAAAAAGGUUCCAAGUGCAACAGAUUUCUUUCCUGGUGUAACCAGGAAAGAAAGAGUUUCUUAUUAUGAGCUGUUACAAGCAACUAAUGGGUAUGGUGAGAGCAAUUUAAUUGGCUCUGGGAGUUUUGGAUCAGUUUAUAAAGCGACUCUAGGUGAUGGUAGGUCAGUGGCUGUAAAAGUAUUUAAUUUGCAACUAGAAGGUGCAGAGAAGAGUUUUGAUGUGGAAUGUGAUGCACUCUGCAACCUUCGCCAUCGAAAUCUCGUGAAAGUCAUCAGCAGUUGCUCUAAACAUGAUUUCAAAGCCUUGGUCCUUGAAUACAUGUGUAAUGGGAACCUUGAGAAAUGGCUGCACUCUCCUAACUAUUUCUUGAAUGUCUUCCAAAGAUUGGACAUUAUGAUAGAUGUGGCAAGUGCUUUGCAAUAUCUGCACCAUGAAUACUCGACACCUGUGAUUCACUGCGACUUGAAACCAAGUAAUGUCCUCAUUGAUGAAGAUAUGGUCGCCCAUGUAAGUGAUUUUGGUAUUGCAAAGUUCUUGGGAAAGGAGGAGAGCACUGCAUUAACCAAGACCUUAGCAACAAUUGGUUAUAUGGCACCGGAAUAUGGAUUGGAAGGAUUAGUGUCAACAGCAUGUGAUGUCUACAGCUAUGGAAUCCUGCUAAUGGAAGUCUUUACGGGAAGAAGGCCUAGUGAUGAAAUGUUUGAUGGAAAUAUAAACUUGAAGAGUUGGGUAAAAGAUUCUAUGCCUAAUGCAACUGUUCAAGUUAUAGAUGCAAAAUUGUUGAAGCCUAAUGAAGAACGAUAUGCAGAAAAGUUGGAAUGUUUGUCGUUAAUCAUGAGAUUGGCCUUAAAUUGUGUUCCUGAAUCUCCCAAGGAAAGGCUCAGUAUGAAAGCUGUUGUGGAUACAUUGCAUAAGAUCAAGCUAAGAUAUCUUGAGUGUCAUGUCACGGACGUAAAUAAAUAAAGAAUGCAAUAUUCCAAAGCAUCUUUCUGUACGGAUUAAGAAACUAUAUAGUAAAUAAGUUUCUCAAAUCUUUGGGGGAAAAAGCCAACUUGGAUCGUUUUCUCUGAUCCCCAAAACCCUGUUUGUUUGAAUCUGUAAUUUUACUUGCAAUUUACUUCAUAUUUAGGCACACCCAUUUAUUGGUCCUAUAUUUAGGCAUUU